UACAUAGAAUCCAUGGCUUGCUAUCUAGGCUUUUAAUGGAUAAAGCAUUGUGCAUGGUUGAUGUCGGAAUGGAAUAAAAGGGCUUCAAACCAUAGGCCGGCUUAGUUUUCUUUGUUUUUUUCAUCAAAAUGAGCUUAGAUUUUGCCAAAACAUAGUUUUAGCUGUGAAUUCGUGACAUAAAAGAGGGAAAUUUACUUAAAAUACCCGAUAUUAACAUGAAAUGCUACUUCUCAAUUUGUAUGUACAUGUUGUCUCCACCAUGUCCCUUAUAACCAUCGAUGGAUUCAUCUUCAAUCAAAGAUCUGCUUAGUUCUGCUUGUAUCCGUAACUUUUAACGGAGUUGUUGUGUUCGACAUAAUUUCUCACUGGCAUUGGUAGUCAGUUAUGUCAAGUUUGUGGCUCCUUUUGUGUUUGUAUUCACUUGAACACCUUUUCACCACAUAAAGUUCAGUUCUAAAGAGAUUGAGCAAACAUAAUUCAUGGCCACAACAGCAAAGAAUGUUGUAGUGAUACAGGAUGCAUCUAAAGGACUUAAUUUAAGAGUUUUUUAUUGGAUUAUAAAGGCCUUAUCACUUGAGCCUGAAGAUAUGGUGACUGUAGUUGCAAUCCUGCAUGAGGUUUAUACUCCUAUGGGAUACAGAAUCACAGUGGAUAACCGAUUGGUCGGAGGAAACCAGAGAAUCAUCGACAAAGCACUUGCAAAUAAGAAAGAAGAGUACCUGAACAACGAGGAACUUGCUCAGAUUGCCAAACAAUACGAAUCAAAUAAGGUUGGACUAAAGAUAAAGCUGUUUACCGGAUCUCCACUAAAAGAUGUGGCUUUAGAAGUAGCCAUUGACCUACAGGCAACUUGGGUGAUACUGGACAGGAAAAUGAAGAAAGAUGAGGAGUUUUUCCUGCAGAGGCUUUCUUGUGGAAUAUCUAUAUUAAAGAGUAACGAUCGGAUUCUUCGACUAAGAGGGCCUUUAAAUGUUCCAGACGAAAUACCAUGUAACAGCCAUGAGACAUAUGAUGAAAGUUUACCAAGUGUUCCAUAUAAACAUCUUUUUGACGACAUUGAUGCUUUCCCCAAGAGACAACUUGAAGAUGAUGAACAGAACCAGAUACAAACUAGGCCCUAUGAGGAAGAGGGUUGCUCGAAUGAUAAAGCCAAUAUCAAUGAAAAUAUAUAUCCGACAAGUCCGAAUCACCUGAGCAUGGAUGGAACAGAAAUAAAUAGAAAUCAAAUGAUAGAUAAAAUAGAAAGAGCUGAGCAAGGUCACCAUCACGAACAGAAACAAACCAUGUCCCUUGAGAUGGAGGGGGACACAGCAAUUAUGAUUAAAACUGAUCAAGCAACUGCUCAGGAAAUAGCUGAUCAACCAAGCAAAGAUGAAGAGAGGACAAACAACUUCUUCCAUGGUGAGAACUGGGACUGGACCAAUCCAGAAAAGAGUGAAGAAAUGAUUGAUCAACCAAUAGAUGAUUUGCCGAGUCAGAAUCACGCACAGACAUCUAGCAUUUUCAGUGCUGCUACAUUGGAUGAUGGAGAGCAAGAGAAAAGUAUUUUGGAAAAUUCAAUGUACAAUUUCUGCUCUGUCUGCAAAACUAGACGACCUAAUAUUGAGGGCCAAAAGGAAUUUACUUAUGAAGAACUCCUAGCAGCCACAGAUGCAUUUUCAUUGAAGAACUGUCUCUCCAAAAGUGGAUCUCUAUUCACUUUCAGAGGCCAGAUGGAGGUAGGGAUGAAAGUUGUGGUUAAGAAGCAUGAUGCCACUAACACUCAAGUAAGGGAGAAAGCGAAGUCAGAAAUCCAAACCAUCCUCAAAGCUAGACAUAAGAAUGUGAUUAUGCUCUUGGGCUCAUCUACAGCAGAAUCUUUCCUGUUUACUGUAUAUGAGUAUGCUUGCAAUGGUUCACUUGACAAAUAUCUAUCAAGUAAGACAUGUGAAGAAAGCUCCAGACCAUUGACCUGGAAAGAAAGGAAAAGAGUGGUAAUAGGCCUUGCCAGAGGCCUCAAGUAUCUACAUGACAAUAACAUUGUUCAUUGCAAUAUAAAACCAAGCAAUAUUCUUCUAACACAUGACUUCAAUUCACUGAUUGGAGAUUACAACUUUGGGAAAGAACAAGAAUUGAAGUCCUACAAAAAUAAAAACAGAGAGGAUUAUGAAUACGUAGCGCCAGAAUUCCAGGAGAAAGGAAAGUUAUCAUCUAAGGCAGAUGUAUACUCUUUUGGUGUAGUUAUUUUAGAGUUGAUCGCUGGGCGAAGGACUACGGAUUUCACGUCAGAACAUAAAAGCCUUGUUGAAUGGGCAAAGCCUCUACUUAAAAAGAAGAAUUACUCAGAAUUGGUGGAUCCCAUAAUCAGAAACUCAUACGAAGAGGAUCACCUUCGUUGGAUGGUCCAAGUAAUAACAGAAUGUUUGGAAAAGAAUCCUAAGAAAAGGUCAUCAAUGAAUAUGGUUGUUUCUGCAUUACAAGGCAUAGCAGACAGUGAACUCGACCACAUGACAGACGAUAAUACUCCAGCUGUAUCAGAUUCGAGAAGUGUGCAAGAAAUAAAUGGUUCUCAAGAUGUGAGUUCAACAAAAACUAAAGCUGAUCAGCAAAAUCAGAAAGUCGAGCAAAUUGAGAGCAUACUCGGUGGGGAAAAAAAUAAGUUAAGACUAAAAGUUGAGAAUAAUCUCUUUUACAAAGCAAACCAGGGAAACUCUGAUAAACUCAGACAUAAUGAAGAACAGAAGCAAAGCAGGUCUCGAGAGGAGGAUAGGAUCUCAGGAAAGAUGAUAACGAAUGACCAAAGAAUAGACGAGACAGAAGUUGAUCAGCUGAAUGAGUUUGAAAACCAGAUUCCAAGCACACUCCAUAUGGAGAGCAUCACAACACAAAAAAUUAAUGUUGAUGGCUUAAUGGGUCACACAAAAGUUGACCAACUGAGCCAAGAUCAAGAAGGAAAUAACUUUGCUAAAAUGAUGGAGGUAGGCUUAAUUCCAGCAACUAUCAGUGCAACGAUAGAUCAAACAGAAGAUGAUCAGCCGGUCCAUGAUAAAACUCAAACACAGAGAAGCUUUCGUGAGAACUUACAGGAUGGAUGUCAAGGUGAGAUGGUUUUGGAGAAUUCGAAGUCCUCUGCAUGCUCUAUUUGUAGAAGUAGACGACCAAACAAUGCAUGCUCAAAGGACUUUACUUAUGAUGAACUUCUAGAAGCUACAGAAGGAUUUUCCACUGAGAACUCUCUAUCUGUAAAUGAAGAUGGACCUACUUUCCAAGGCCUUCUAGAGGGACGGGUAAAAAUUGUUGUUAAGAAAUAUCAAGUCAACACCUCCCAAGAACAGAAGAUAAUAAACUCAGAAGCAAAGCUGCUCAUCAGUGCUAGACAUAAAAAUGUGGUCAUGCUGUUAGGUGUAUGUACAAAUGAAAGCCAACUGCUGGUUGUGUUUGAGAAAGUAUGCAACGGUUCACUUGACCAGUACCUAACAAGGGGACGUUUCGAGUCAUUGACUUGGAAGCAAAGGCUGAAAGUAAUAAUGGGUACUGCCAGAGGUUUAAAGUACCUACAUGGGAAAGACAUAAUCCAUGGAAAUAUAAAACCAAGUAAUAUUCUUCUAACACACGAGUUUGACCCAAUGAUUGGAGAUUUCAACUUCGGACAACAGAAAGUUGGACCAAAGAAAUCCAGAAAAGAUAAAAGUGUAAGAAAUUCUGGAUAUGCAGCACCUGAGUAUCUGGAAAAUGGAAAACUAUCUUACAAGACAGAUGUAUACUCCUUUGGAGUGGUUCUUUUGGAGCUGAUCAGUGGCCGGAGGGCUGCGGACAAAUUACCAGAUGGAAAAAGCCUAGUUAACUGGGCCAGGCCCCUACUGACAGGAAAGAAGUACCGCAUGUUGUUGGAUGGGAAAAUCAGUAACUCUUGUGAAGAAGAAAAACUUGUAUGGUUGGUCCAAGUAACAGAACAAUGUCUCAAAAGGAAUCCUAAUGAUAGAUAUUCAAUGAAUGUGGUCCUAUCUUCCUUACAAGACAUAGAAGAAUCAACUGAGUGUUGUGUAAUUCAAGAUUCUUCUUUAGAAAAGUCAUAUUCAAAUGGUCUCCCCACGAGUAGUACACAAGGUCAAAUGAAGGCCGAUCUAGGGAAGAAACGGGAACAAGAAUUGAUCGACAGAAACCAAUCCAAGGAAGAAAGCAGUCCAAGAUUUACAGUCAAAACCAAUCACAUGAAAGGUCAUAGAAAUGGAGAUCAGAUGAUAAAGGGUGGAGAAGAUGUGCAGAGGAGUCCUUAUGAGGAGAUGUUCGGGGUAAGACCUAUCAGCAAUGACAUGAUUGAUCAGAUAAACCCUGUCCAACAAUUCCAGGAAAAACUGCACAUUAAGGGAAGCUUUGAGAUAGAAGAAAUGAGUAAAAAUGUAGAUAAACAACAAAAGGUGAGCAAGGAUAAAAAACAAAUACAGGGAAGCUCUGAUGAUAGUUUAUUGAAUGGGAAUGAAGGCAAAAUCAUUUUGGGAAAUUCAAAGUCUUAUGCUUGCUCUAUCUGCAAAAGUAGGCGACCAAACAGUGGAUUGCAAAGGAAAUAUACUUAUGAAGAGCUUCAAGCUUGUACAGAAGGAUUUUCAGUUAAGUACUCUCUAUGUGAAGGUGAAUAUGGACCUGUUUUCAGAGGUCAGCUAGAGAAUAACCAGGAAAUAGUGAUUAAGCAACAUGCGUUCACAAGCUUACAGGAGCAGAAGGUGUUCAUGUCAGAAUUCCAAUUGCUUAUAAAUGCCAGACAUGAAAACGUGAUUAUGCUGUUAGGUUCAUGCAUACGAUUAAGUCAAUUGCUGAUUGUGUAUGAGAAUGCAUGCAACGGAUCUCUUGACCUGUACUUAUCAAGAGAAAGUGGUAGAACACUGACUUGGGGAGAAAGGGUGAAAGUUGCAAUAGGUGUUGCCAGAGGUCUAAACUAUCUGCAUGAGAAUAAUAUAGCACAUGGAGGAAUAAAACCAAGUAACAUUCUUCUAAAUCAUGAGUUGAAACCACUGGUAGGAGACUUUGUGUUUGGAAAAGAAAGAUGUGAACUGAAAAAUCUCAAAAGACUUAAAAGAAUGAGGAAUUGUGGACGAAUUGCACCAGAGUGUUGUGAGAGUGGAAUACUAUCGACUAAGGCAGAUGUAUACUCUUUUGGUAUAGUUCUUGUGGAGUUGAUCACUGGCCGUAUGAUUUCAGAAAAAGUAUCAGGAGAGAGAUGUCCCACUGAAUGUAUAAGGUCACUUCUUGAAGAACAAAAGUUUCUACUGUUGGUAGAUCCCAAAGUCAGCAGCUCCUAUGAUGAGCAAGAACUAGUUUCAUUGGUCCACGUGAUAGAAAACUGUCUGAGAAAGAAUCCAGAAGAAAGGUUUACAAUGGAUAUGGUUGUCUCUGCACUGCCAUCUAUAGUAGAUUGCAGUGACAUAUAUGCAAAGGAAGACUUUUCACCAGAAAACUCGCAUGCUUCAGAAGUAACAAACUCAAAAGUGAAGGAGGAACCACCAAAUGAAGAAGAUUUAAGCAUAGAGAAUAGUGAAGAAAAAGGGGACAACAUAACUUACAUUGGAGGCAAUGAAACAGAAAUACGUCAAGAGUGUGACAUCAACCCAACUGGUUGUGAAAAUAGUAAGGAAACAGAAGAAAAAGAAAGCUUAAGCACCAAGAUAUGUUGGGAAGGUUGUUCAUCCUAUGGUGGAGCUAGAGAAUUUUAUCUCCAAGGAAUCAAAGAGUACACAGCAUGGACUGAGACGCUAACCUGAGUGACGUGGCUUUCCCGCUGUCUGAUGCUCGGAUGGACCGGAUCGAUGGCUCUGUUU